AUGUUGGAACGGGCAGCGCAGCCUGCCCACGUUCGCCAAAAGCAACCGAAGGUUCAGAAGCCACCCUCGCGCAAACCACCCAAAGCCCCGUAUGACCCCACCGAGGAUCCUGCUGGUUCGAUCGUAGCUGUGAACCAGGAGCUCGCAGUUGCAGAAGCCCUACACCUACGCGACGGGAAAAGGUACUAUGAAUUGCUUGUCGAUUCACGUAGACUGCAGUUGAUCAACCCAACGUCGAAUAUCAAAGUCACGAGUCUCAAAGCCCGAACAGACGUUUACCGAAUCACGGGUCUAAUGCCAGAUAUCCCAGUGGAUUUCCAGACAUUGAUCGCCCGAUUCCCUACGUUGACUAAACCUAUU